AUGUUUAAAUACACUUUUUCCAUUAUUUUCCUUAUCGCCAUAUUUUUUACUAUCGCUCAAUCACUAGCAACCACUCCAACUGGAUUCACUACUUUAACAACUCUUGCCCAAACCGAAGAUGUUUUGUAUGAUAGUGAUCCUGAUACCCUUAUUGUUUUCUAUUUUAUCACUCAAAUUUGUGCAACUGGUCCAACAUGGAAAUCGGAUCUUGGCACCUUGAAAACAUUGUACCCAACUGUUAACUUUUAUGAACUUUCUGUAGACUUGUAUCCAGCUGUCACUGAUCAUAUUGCAACAAUGACCUAUGGAGUAGUUCCAUCUUUGAAGGGAUUCAAAUUUUGGAAUGAAACUCAAGACUAUCUCUUUUUAAGAGCAGGUCAGAAUUUCAAUUCUCUCAAGAAUGAUAUUAAUCUACACAAAAGAGGACUCUUUUCUUCUUCAUCAUCAUUAUCAUAUGUUAAAUUAAACGAAAAGAACAAGAAGAAUCAAUAUAGUUAUGAAAAUGGUUAUCAAUAUUCAUCAUCUUCUUCAUCUUCAUCGACAUCAACAAAUAAUAAUAGAUUAAUAUGGACGACAGUUGCUUCUCUAUUCACUCUUGGUUGUGCAGCUACAACCUCUACAAUAUUAUUAUUAGAAGAUAAUAACCCACAUCAUAAUACAAAGGAAUCUAGACUACCAAUUGAAUUUAUUAGUUUAUUGAUUAGUAAAUUUGGAGAUAGAGUUGUAUUUACCAUUGAUGAUAGAGAAGCACAUGGAAAGGAUUUCAGUUACCAUCCACCUGAAAACCCCGAUGCUGUCAUUUACCCAACAUCACAAGAAGAGGUGCAAUUGAUUGCUCGAUUGUGUGCAGACUAUAACAUCCCAAUCAUUCCAUUUGGUUCAGGAACCAGUUUGGAAGGUCAUAUCCUUGCCACCAAUGGUGGUGUUUGUGUCGAUUUCAAAUUGAUGAAGUCGGUCAUCAAGGUACGUCCCGAGGACAUGGACGUUACCGUGCAACCAGGUAUCAGUUACGACGAACUCAAUGAACAUCUUAAACCAUUUGGUUUCUUUUUCCCAAUGGACCCUGGACCCGGUGCAUCAAUUGGUGGUAUGGUUGGCACCAGUUGCUCGGGUACACACGCAAUGCGAUACGGUACCAUGAAGGAGAAUGUAGUCUCUCUCAAGGUUGUCUUGCCCAAUGGCAAGUUGGUCACCACCAAAUCACGUGCUAAAAAGUCGUCAGCUGGUUACGAUCUCACUCAUCUAUUCAUUGGUGCCGAGGGCACACUCGGUAUUGUCACCGAGGUCACUGUCAAGUUGCAACCCAUCCCUCAAAAGGUGGCCGUUGCUCAUGCCACCUUUGAAAAUAUUGGUGAUGCCUGUAACUCGGUCAUCAAGACAAUGCAGUCGGGUGUCCAAAUCGGACGUGCUGAAUUACUUGACGACGUCAUGAUGAAGGCCGUCAACUUGAGCAGCUCUACCGACUAUCCCGUCAAAAACACCCUUCUCUUUGAAUUCUCUGGCUCACCACAACAGGUUCAAGACCAGAUUGCACACGUCGAGGUCAUUGCACGUGCAAACGGAGCCACUCAAUUCUCGUUUGCCACUGAAGAAGAGGAAAAGGAGAAACUCUGGUUUGCCCGCAAGGUCGCCCUCUGGAGUGCACCAUCGCUCAAGCCAGGCUCCGAGGUCAUUAUCACCGACGUCUGCGUCCCCAUUUCACGUCUAUCCGAUAUCAUUGAAGAAACCAAAGCGGAACUUUUAACCACAAGCAUCAUCGCACCGCUCGUCAGUCAUGCUGGCGAUGGUAACUUUCAUCUCUUUAUCCUUUUCAAUCCAAAUGAUCCAUUUGAAGUAAAGGAAGCUAAACAAAUUAGUGAUAAUCUUGUUGAACGUGCCAUUGGUAUGAAUGGUACUUGUACUGGUGAACAUGGUGUUGCUCUUGGUAAAAAGAAAUAUUUGGAAAAGGAAUUAGGUAAAGAAGCAGUUGAUUUAAUGAAACUUAUCAAGAAAACAAUUGAUCCAAAGAAUUUAAUGAAUCCAGGAAAGGUUGUUGAUGUUUAA